CACCAUGUUCCGGCCACCCAAGGUCUUUUCCCCGGAGACGGCGCAUGAGUUUUUGGAAAACCAUAAUAAUAUCAUAUGGUGCCCCUAUUCCUCGCGCAACCUGACAGGGGUCGAUCAACUACAAAGGUCCUUUGCCAUUUCUAUUCGCCGGGGAAUGCUUCCUUGGAGGUUCUCGGCAGAGUCCACCGACUUAUGUGCAGCCGAACCCUAUCACCCAGAUCGCGUAGCUCGUCAGUUCAAGCUAGAUCAACAGGUUCCAUACAACCCAUUACAAUCACUAUUAACUGAAACUGAUGUUGGUGUUGCGUAUGCGUACUGGUCACACUUACUGUGCCCAGUCCAAGAGGUUAUCCAGCAUGCCCUUGGCACUAAUUAUGUAGGUAGUGCUUCUCUGGCUUGGACCAACUGGUGGAGGAAAUUUGCACAUCCACACUCUACAAUCUUGAAUAGCCUCAAGUCUGGCAAUAUGUGUGGCAAAAUCCAGUACGAUGAGAGGAAAAGCAUGUGUGCGAAAAGGGGAAAAAAGUUUUACCCCACACGUACUCUUUCAGAGGAUGAUCUCUUUAUCAUAAAGGAAGUAUUAGUAAACCAUCAAAAGGCCUAUAUUGAAAAAAUCGAGGCAGAGGAGAAGGCUUUUGCAGAUCAUUGGAAUCCAAUUUUAUAUGAUUUUCUUUCGGAUGAUGAACCUUCCAUGGAACCCCGACGUAAGCGAAAGAAAAUGGAUAAUGUUGAAUGUCCUUCCCCCGAUCCUUCACUUCACGAGCUCGGGGAAGAUGAUGCCCUCGUCUCUACAUGCGAAGAUGUGAGGCCUCUCACUAAAAAGAAGGUGGAUACCCUAAACGAAGAGAGUGAUUCCAGUCCCAUUAGAUUGGAUGGACCUAUCCACGUAUCUGACCUUGGUAGUGUGGAUCUCGAUGGCAUACUUAGUGGAGAGGUUGAUCAUGGUCUAGGUGAUCUAGCUAAUUUAAAUGUGGAUGAUUAUGGUAUAUCAAGCUCAGGUCUUGAUCCCCCCCCCCCCUUGUUUCACAAAGUUUGGACUCAAACUUGUCUCCGGGCGCUGAUGUUUUAAGCAUUUUAUCUACUUCUGAACAGGGUAGAUUUAUACAGCUCUUAUCCACCUUUUGACAUUAUUAUUCAUCGUUUCCAAGAUUAUUAAUUUUACUUCUUUCUCCAUUGCAAGGUGGUACAGAAGAAGCUUCUAAUCUUGUUAGUGGCGAAGGAACAAUGACGCAUAUUUCAGUGUCACCCUUGGAUAUUUCUGCCAUUAUGAAGCCAAUUCUGGAUGCCAUCGAUUUGGUGUUGAAGAAUGCUUUUGAAGCCUUAGACACCCCUACAUUAACUGAUUCUCAACGUCGUGAGAUUUUCCAGGCAGUUCGAUCUGUGCUCCCGGUUGGUGAUACUGCUCCUUAGAUUGCCGCUGUCCGCACAGGUUGGGAAAAAUUCGUUUCGAUUUCAGAUACAGUGCAGGAAGCCCGCAAAACAGUUGAGGAUCAGUCAAAGCAAAAGUCUGAAUUUGUUACUACAGCAGAGAGCAAGGCUGAAUCAAUUGAAGCGUCUCUGAAAACCUCAGCAGCAGAGAUGUCAUCUGUGUUGGAGAAACAUGCUGAGAAGAAGGAGCGUGUGGAGGCCCUCUCCGCUCAACUACAAGAAGCUAACGCCGAGUUGCGUAUAGCUGGAGAGAGGGUCAAGCAACUAGAAUCGGACCGUUCCGCCAAGCAAGCUGAAGCCAAGAAGUUGCAUGAAGAUUUGCUCGAGGCUAAUGCGAAAGCUUCAGAGGAAUUGGAGGCUCUUAAGGCGAAGAUAUCAACGCUGGAGAAUGAAGCCGAGUCUAUUAUCGGAAAUCUGAAGGA